GUUGAAAUAUUAAAAUAGCGAAAGUACCGUUUCAUUCUCCUCGUAGUCUAUGCUGUAGUAGCAGACGCACUAUCGAACGGAAAUAUCGACUCUUACCUUUGCGACCCGACUUCGACUGUUUACUCUAGGAUGAAGUUGAGGAGUAAGAGGUUGUUUUGCACGAUUCGUCGUGCAGAAUGGGACGCGUUUCAUUGAAAUAAUGCAAGUAUUUUCGUAGCGAAUUAAGUUUGCAAUAAGAGGAAUAGUUCCUCGAAAAGGAUGGGCAAGCAAAACGAGUUGUCUUGGUGGUGCGUGAAGGGUGCUUGGUGGGUGCCCGUCAUCUUUAUCUCAACGGUUGUCGUCUGGUCCUACUAUGCUUAUGUCGUGCAGCUUUGUUACUAUACAAUAGAGAGCUAUAUUCAAAAAGGCUUCUAUCUAUUUUUCUUCCACAUCCUGUUCCUGUUGUUUCAAUGGUCCUAUUGGCAAACUGUAUUUACUGAAUUAAUAGUGGUACCAGAUAAGUUUAAAAUACCUGCUGCAGAAAUGGAAAAGCUGCAACAGGCAGAUACUGAAGAAGCACAAAGACAAAUUUUAGAAAGGUGCACUCAAGACCUUCCUGUUACGAAUCGUACCAUUAAAGGGGCAAUACGCUUUUGUGAAAAAUGCCAGAUCAUUAAGCCAGAUCGAGCACACCAUUGCAGUGUUUGUGGAACAUGUGUUCUAAAGAUGGAUCAUCAUUGUCCAUGGGUGAACAAUUGUGUAGGCUUUCACAACUAUAAGUUCUUCAUGCUCUUCUUAGCAUACGCUCUUCUCUACUGUAUGUUUAUAGCUGCUACUUCACUGCAGUAUUUAAUACGUCUUUGGAAGGGUGAGAUGGAUGGAAUGGGUAGGUUUCACCUGCUCGUCUUGUUCUUUGUUGCGCUCAUGUUCGCUAUCAGUCUCAAUUCUCUAUUCUUCUACCAUUGCUACCUCGUUCUUCAUAAUAGAUCAACACUUGAGGCAUUUAGGCCACCUAUGUUUCGUACAGGAAAAGAUAAGGAUGGUUUCAGUCUUGGAAAGUAUAAUAACUUUCAAGAAGUAUUUGGUGAUGAUACUCGUUUGUGGCUCCUUCCAAUUUUCACCAGUCUCGGAAACGGAGUGGUCUAUCCGGUUCGCUCGGAACAUCAGGGCGCCCCCAAUACUUACAACUCCAUGGGCAGUACUCAAAACAGCUUCGGCGACGGGGUAACGUUUCCUGAGCGGCUAUGCGACGAAGACACACAUACGCUGUUGGGACGUGGUGCCCAAUGGUGGGGAGAUGAGACCGAGCUCGACUCCCCACCGCUUCCUGGGUCUCGUUCAGCACUGCUGUCAUAGGACCGGCCACCGAUGUAAGUCAACCACUGGUGAACACAACAGAAGCUGUCUGACAACAAGGGUCCUCGCUUGUUGUUCGUUAUUUCCUAAGCGAAGCGAGUUUCCUUUUCGCACAAAUUUUAAGCUGAUUUGAGAAGUAGGUCGACUCGGUCGUUUCGAAUUAUUAGCGAUGAGAUCUUCAGGUUUCUCUGAAUUCGUUGGUAACUGGGUUUCUUCAUAUACCGCUUAUUUAGCGUGUGAUACUCCACCAGGAUUGAGUAACGAAUUAAUUGUCUCUCCAAACCUAGCCAGCGUGUUCUAUUUUUAAUUCGCCGUGACGAUCACGUUUUGCAUAAUCGUUUUGUCAAUUUCAGUUCAAUAAUUGUCACAGAUAACAUGACUUAGAACGGUCGACUUUUGAAUCGACAAUAAUGUAAAUUAAGACUAACAAGGUAAUUUUAUUUUAAUCUCAUCGUGAUUGUAAGGGUCUAGUAAAGGAAUUUGCUGUAUCCUGACCUCAAGAUUACAGACACUGCGUGUAGUUCCCCAUCCAAUAACAAAUUUUUUAUAUUACAUUAAUUGUAUGCCGGGUAUAAUGGAGAUGUCUUUGAAAUGUGCUUUACAGUCCACUUAUGAUACCUAAGAAAAGCCAUGUGACUUUUAAUCCGCAGCCCGUCAAAAGAAUUGGAUAGAGAUGUUUCACGAAUCCACACGAUGAACACUUGGGAUUUUGUUACUGGCUUUAUGAGAUUCUUAAACAUACUACUAUCUUAAUAAUAAUAUUAAUUCUCAAUUGGUGAAAUUAUGAUAACGACUAACACUCUCUUUUAAAAAAAGAAAUGUUAAAUUUCGAUGAAAUCGUGUGCAUUUUUAGAGGUAAAACAUAGUCGAUAGGAUAACUGACAGCUUGCAAGGCAGAACUCCCUGCUGCGUAGUCAUUAUUUUGUUUAUCGACUAUGGUUUGAUGUACGAGACUUAAAAGGUGUUAUAAUAGUGUAAGACUAUUUCACGUGACUUGGAUUAUUUAUAGCAUAGGAGUACAUGGCUCUAAAAUUUUUACUCGUUUUUAUAUGACAGGACAUAGAAUCAAGUGCAUAGUGACUUAUUGUCAAAAUAUGUUCGAGAGGUCUUGCCGACUUGUACAUUUGUACAUUCAUGAAAAUGUACCCUAGCAGAGGAUAAUGUUGAUAAAUUUUAUGCCCUUAUAAAGAACACACCGAAAGAUAAAAAAUAUCUAGGAUAAAAUGCAUUGAAUUAUCUGGAAGUAUAAUAAUAUGUUAAAGGUUUUAUACACGCUCGUUUUUAGAACAGGUUGUUUUUCAUAGUUCAGCGUGCGGUCACUGGAUUUCUGGCAUUGAUCUUCCGUUUUUUAAAUUGCUGAUUACACAUUUAACGUACAUAUUGACUUCGUGUAAAUUUCCCGGGAAAUGUAGAAAUUAAUGCAAGAGAAUUUAUAUCAUUUUAUGUACUGUAAAUAAGAUGUGCCGUCUAAACGUGAUGGAAAAUAAAAUUACUUGUACUAAUAA